AUAGGUAUUUAUUAUUUAUAUGCUUUGUUUAUUUAUUUAUUUAUUUUUAUAUUUUUAUUACAUAUGCGUGCGCAGCGUAUCAAAUUGAUUGUAAAAAUAGCCGUAAAAAUAACCGAACAAAAGGAAAGUGGACACUUGCAUUUGCUUGCAUUUAAUUUUUGUAAAUUGCACUAAACUGCACUUUAUGCCUUAUGGUCUGUACUCUCUCUCUCUCUCAUACAUGAAAAAUCAAAACAAAUCAAAAUGAAAUACGAUGGACCAACAAUUGGUGAAAGACAAAAUGAUGCUGGAGAUGCUGGUGGCCAAAAAAAAAGUUCAUUUAGAGCUAAAGAAAAAUUUUCAACACCAACUAGUCAUGAAAUGAUAAAUCUUCGUGAAAUUCAAAAUUUAUAUUCAUCUAAUCUCUUUCGUUUACAAAUUGAAGAACUAUUGGAUAAUGUUAGAAUAAAAGAAAAGUAUAAAAAUAAAUUUAAUGACUGGUAUUUAAAAUUAAAUAACAAUAUCAAUUUGAUGGAAAAGCUAAAGCCAACAAAUGUAUGUAUCAUUGGAGCUUAUUCAAUUGGAACAACAAUUGGUCCAUCAGCAACGAUUGAUAUAAAAAUGGAGAUACCAAGUGAAUUUAUUUCUAAAAAUGAUGAUGAAUAUACAAAACAACAUACAGCAUAUCUUAAUUAUGUUGCAUCAAUCAUUCACGAUGACAUUGUAAGUGAAAAAAGUCUAACAGGAGACAGUUCAUGUCCAAAAUUGAUGUUAACACCAACUGGAACACUGUCAAAGUAUAUCAAAGUACUUGUUCAUUUUGUGUCAUCAGUUGACUCAAUUAAAAUUGAUGAAGCUAAUAAUUUAUCAAUUGAAAUGUUAAAGAAUUAUCCCAGCAUCAUUGAUGGUAUAAAACUUUUAAAAAUUUGGCUGUAUCAAAGACAGCCAAGAAAUUUAACAUCAACAUUUAAUGGUCACUGUUUAACAAUGUUCAUGAUAUAUUUAUUGAAAAAAAAUAAAAUAAAUCGUUACAUGAGUUCCAAUCAGGUCAUCAGAAAUUUCUGGAUUAAUUUAUCAAUGUCUGAUUGGUCAAAUAAUGGAAUAAGCUUGGCAAAUAGUGAUGAAAUUAAACAUAAAAUUAUAUUCUAUCAUCAAUUUGAUGAUUGUGUAUUUAUUGAUUCAACUGGUAAUCAUAAUAUAGCUCAAUCAUUGACCAAAAUGAAUUAUGAGUGGAUUAAAAAUCAAGCUAAAUUAGCUAUUGAAUGUCUUGAUAACAAUGUCAUUAAUAAUUUUCAUGUGUUGUUCAUGACACCAGUUAAAUUUUAUAUAAAUUAUGAUCAUUUAUUAAUUAUUGAUGGUAAAAAUCAAUCACAACUUGAUGAUAUUAUUUCAACGUUAAAAAAAGGUUUUAAUAAUAGAAUAGAUGAAAUAUUUAUAAUGCCUAAACAAGUAGCCAACAAUGAAUCAAUGGAAAAUAUGCAAAAUAAAAUUUACAUUGGUAUCAGAUUAAAUCCUUAUACAAGUUUGAAUAUUAUUGAACGUGGUCCAACAGCAAAUGAUCCAGAAGCCAUUGAGUUUAAAAAUUUUUGGGGUGAUAAAUCAGAAUUACGAAGAUUUCAAGAUGGUGAUGUGUGUGAAGUUGUCUGUUGGGAAAAAGCUAAAACACUUGCUGAUAGAAGAAUGAUAUGUCAAAAAAUAACAGCAUAUUUAUUAAAAAACAAAUUUAACAUAUCAAAGAAUGAAUUUACAUAUAUUGGUAAUGAAUCUGAUGAAUUUUUGAUGUUAAAAAAAAUGAAAAUAAAACAUUUUUCAAAUGGUACUGGUGAAGAAGCUGCUUUACAAGUGAUAAAUGUAUUUUCUGAGCUUCAAAAUGAACUGUUGUCAUUGACAAAUUUACCAUUGUCAAUAAAAAGUGUUGAUGGAACAAGUGGUGCAUUGAGAUAUACAGAUGUAUUUCCACCACUUGCAACAAUUUAUAAAACAAAAUUUAAAUAUGCACCAGCAAUUGAUGCUGUUAUUAAUUUAUCAUCAAGUAAUAAAUGGCCAAAAGAAAUCGAAGCAUUUAGAAAAACAAAAAUUGGAUUUUACAUAGAAAUUUCAAAUUGUUUACGUCGUGAAUAUAAUUUAAAAACAAAAGUAUUAACAAAUGGUAUAAUUGUAUUUAAAUGUGGUUUUAUAUUUCGUCUUGUUAUUGCUGAAGAUAAAGAAAUUGUAUUAUUAAAACAAAUUAAUAAUAAUGGUGUUAUUGAAUACAAAAAUAAUGAUGAAUCAAUUGAGAUGGAAAAAAAAUUAUUUCAUUUGCCAAAAUUAUGUAGUGCAUUGCAUGCUUUACACUUGCAAAAAUCAUCAUUUGGACCAACAUGUUGUCUUGUUAAACGUUGGCUAUCUGCUCAUUUAAUUGAUGAUUUUUAUAUACCAGAAAUUGUUGUUGAAUUAAUUGUUGCAUAUGUUUAUUUAUCACCACAACCAUAUGAACCAGUUCACAUGCCACAAGCUGGAUUUAUGAGAUGUCUUGAAUUUUUUUCAAGUCAUCAAUGGAAAACUGAACCAAUUAUUGUCAAUUUAAAUAAUCAAAUAACAAAUGAAGAAAUUAUUACAAUUCAAAAUCAUUUUGCUACAUUAAAUAGAGAAGAAUCAUUACCAUAUUUAUUUAUUUCAACUCCUUAUGAUCAUUUGAGCUCAAUGUGGACAAUUAAUUCUCCAAAUAAAAUGAUUUUACAACGUGUUAGUUUAUUAGCUAAAGAAACAUUGAAGCUCGUUGAUAUACAAUUUAAUGAAGGUAUUAAAUUUAACUGGAGACCAAUGUUUAAAUCACCAACAAAUGACUAUGAUGUAUUGAUACAUUUGAAGGAUGAAUUUAAUUCAAAAAGAUAUCAAUCAUUUGAUCUUGAUGAUGAUUCAGUUGAUGAAGAGACUUGGCAUCCAUACAAGCAACACACUGAAGAAGAAAUUCCACUUGUUGAAUUUGAUCCAGUUGAGUGUUACUUGAAAGAACUCAGGACUGCAUAUGGUGAUAUUGCACUAUUUUUCCAUGAUAAAUAUGGAGGAUCUAUGAUUGGUGUAUUGAUCAAACCAUUUGCAAUGGUAGAAAAAAAAUUCCAAAUAUCAAAUGUUAAUUAUCGUAAACUUUAUGAUAAUGAUAAAUUGAUUUUAAAUUUACCAGCAAUUAUAGAAGAUUUUACGAUUAUUGGACGUGAUUUAGUUGAUGAUGUUAAAUUACAAACAAAAUUGUAUUAACACUUAAACUAUUAUUAUUAAUAUUGUUUCUAUUAUUAAUUAAACAAU